CAUGAUCCUCAGGCCAUUCGAGGCUCACAUCGACAGACUGACGACUACAAAUUACACCACAUCAUUGAGAAAGUGGACAAGAAAGGUCAGCUGGAGGCAGGUCUGAGGAAAGGUUGCCUUGUGACGAACAUCAACGGUCAGUCGGUCAUCGGACUCCACCUCAUACAAGUCAUGAAACUCAUGAUCGACAAACACAAUUCUUUCUUGUACAUCAACACCUUCCUCUUGACGACACCAGCAUUCGCAAGACAGAAAAAGAGGCUGCCGACACUGUGGUCAUCGAGUGGGGAAACUCUUCCGCCACACUUGAGCGGGAGCUGU